AAUAAAAAAUUGUUUGUUUACAUUGAAAUGUAAAUUUUUUUAAACAAAUUUGUGAAAAAAAUGAGGAAAACUUUCUUUUUGCGCCAAAAUUGGUGUCAAUUUUGGCUUCAAAAUUGCGAUUUCGGCGCAAAUUCCUCAUUUCUGUUGUGUCAUUUAAGAGUAGUAGUUGGAGUUUUGUAAUUUUUUAUUGGCCGCAGAAAAAAACAAAACAAAAAAACAGCAACAUGAACCGCAAAUGUGUUAAGGAUUGUCCAGGAGGGGAGAAUCUUCACCGCUUUCCGAAGGAUCCGACAAGUGAACUCCGUGCAUGAUUUGGUCCAAUUGGUCCAUUAGCUUCAGGCACUUGAGGGUAUUUACCGCUGAUCCAGGAGAGAUUUGGUCCAAUUCGUCCAUUAGCUUCAGGCACUUGAGGGUACUUACCGCUGAUCCAGGAGAGAUUUGGUCCAAUUCGUCCAUUAGCUUCAGGCACUUGAGGGUACUUACCGCUGAUCCAGGGGAGAUUUGGUCCAAUUCGUCCAUUAGCUUCAGGCACUUGAGGGUACUUACCGCUGAUCCAGGAGAGAUUUGGUCCAAUUCGUCCAUUAGCUUCCAGAUAUUACUUACCAUUUUUCCACAAGGUACAACUUCGUUGGAGUUCAUUUUUGUUAUUUUUUUAUAAAUAAACAAAAAAAAAUAAAAAAUUGUGAAAAUUUUUCAAUAAA